CUGGAAUGAUCAUUUUGAGGUGAGAAGAGACCAACCCUCUCCCUCCAAACUGGGUAAAGAAGAAUAUUGCCUUCUUUUGAACCUAAGUCAUGAGUUGGAUGUUCCUCAGAGACCUCCUGAGUGGAGUAAAUAAAUACUCUACUGGGAUCGGGUGGAUCUGGCUGGCUGUCAUGUUCAUCUUCCGUUUGCUGGUCUACAUGGUGGCGGCAGAGCAUGUGUGGAAAGAUGAGCAGAAAGAGUUUGAGUGCAACGUUAGACAGCCUGGUUGUGAAAAUGUGUGUUUUGACUACUUCUUCCCCAUCUCCCAGGUCAGACUUUGGGCCUUACAACUGAUCAUGGUCUCCACGCCUUCACUUCUGGUGGUUCUACAUGUAGCCUAUCGCGAGGGUAGAGAGAAAAGGCACAGGAAGAAACUCUAUGUCAGCCCAGGCACCAUGGAUGGGGGCCUGUGGUACACUUACCUUAUCAGCCUCAUUGUUAAAACUGGUUUUGAAAUUGGCUUCCUGGUUUUAUUUUACAAGCUCUAUGGUGGCUUUAGUGUUCCCUACUUUAUGCAGUGUGAUUUGAAGCCUUGUCCCAACACUGUGGACUGCUUCGUCUCCAAACCCACAGAGAAAACGAUUUUCAUCCUCUUCUUGGUCAUUACCUCAUGCCUGUGCAUUGUGUUGAAUUUCACUGAACUGAGUUUUUUGCUCCUCAAGUGUUUUAUUAAGUGCUGUCUCCAAAAAUACUCUAAAAAACUCAAGUCCUCAGUGUGUGAGUGCCACAACCUCAGAUAUGUUAAAUAUGGUGAGAUGGGGGCCCCUCCCUUGCUCCAGAAGCACCAUUUAGACUCAGCCAUGAGCACAGCCCAGGGAGGGGAAACAAAGGUACUCUGUAGCACACAAGAGGCUUAAAGCAAACCCGCAUCCCUCUGAAGUAGACAUAGGCUCCCUUGGAAAACAAAGGGUGUCAGCCUUAAUGUCACUUGGGAGGAAUUUUUUAAAUUUUCAAUAUGUGCUCAGUUGUAUAAACUAGACAGAGGUCUCAUUGUUUGGUGGUAGGGUUCAUCCACAAGAACCCUACAUAAGUUGUGUUUGAAUAGUUAAUUGCAACUUAGUCUGAAGAAAGCCAACUAACAGCAUUCUUCUAAGUGCUUAGAUCUAUCAACUGGAAAAUAUAAAAAGUGACACUUCUUUCAAAUGUGAUGGCCUCCAAGCAACUAUUGAGGCACUGGCAAUCGUUCCAAGUGGCAGCCAACGCUCCACUCAGCCCUACUCAAACUUUGUAGAGAAAGACUAUGAUGAGGGUGGGGUAGCAGCUAACCAGGGGCACACAGAAGCACAUUCAGUGAGAGGGUUCAGCCUGGGGAAAACUCCACAGAGCCCAGGAUGCUUUGCAGUUUAGGUGUCCCUGGAUAUAAGUGGACUAGGGGAAAGGGAAGAAAGCCAUCAUUUACUGGUCUCCAACUUAAAUACAAAUGUUACUGGGAGAUAAUUCCACUUAA